AUGUCGACCCGCAACAAAUACUCGGUGCUCUUGCCCACCUACAAUGAGCGUCGCAACCUCCCCAUCAUCGUCUGGUUACUGAACAAGACCUUCACCGAGCAAAAACUCGACUACGAAGUCAUCAUAGUCGACGACGGCUCCCCAGACGGCACGCAAGAAGUCGCCAAACAGCUCAUCAAAGCCUACGGCGCCUCCCACAUAAUCCUCAAACCGCGCGCAGGAAAACUCGGCCUAGGAACCGCCUACGUACACGGCAUGCAAUUCGCCACAGGAAACUUCAUCAUAAUCAUGGACGCGGAUUUCUCGCACCACCCGAAAUUCCUCCCCACGAUGAUUUCCAAGCAAGCCGAGGGGAACUAUGACAUCGUCACGGGGACGCGGUAUGCUGGGGACGGAGGCGUGUAUGGUUGGGAUUUGAAGCGGAAAAUGGUCAGUCGUGGGGCGAAUUUGUUCGCGGAUACGGUUCUUAGACCUGGAGUGAGUGAUUUGACGGGGAGUUUUCGGUUGUAUAAGAAGGUGGUUUUGCAGGAGGUUAUUGCUAGGACGGAGAGUAAGGGGUAUACUUUUCAGAUGGAGAUGAUGGUUCGGGCCAAGGGGAUGGGAUUCAAGGUUGCUGAGGUGCCGAUUUCGUUUGUGGAUCGCGUGUAUGGGGAGAGUAAAUUGGGGGGAGAGGAGAUUGUGGAGUACUUGAAGGGUGUGCUUAAUCUUUGRGUCAAGGUUUGA